GUCCUUCCAUUGUCAGACAAUGUAACAUUGUGUUGUGCUCCAGCUAUAUAUAUACUUGCCAGUUCAUGGUUCAGGAGAUACACCUUUGAGCUAUUUCAGUAAACUUGUUGAUCGUUGGUUGAUCUAACACUUCACACAUUUCCCUUCUUUAGAGAAAGUCAAGAUUCACCUGGUAGCUAUUUACCAAUUCAGGACAGAUUUAGAAAAAAGUCAAAUGGAAAUGAAUAGAAAUAUGCUUGGCAUAGUAUGACAACUUGUUCAACCAUUUUGCAUGUACAGACUUAUGCAAUGAACUCAUGCCUAAAUGUUGUGGGGGUGAGACUAUUCAAUAGAGACCCAUUACAAUACACUUUGAUCUACAUGACAUAAGCAAUUGAUAAUGUAGGAAAGAGCAGAGAAUUGUACAUAAUCAUUUGCAUGAAUGUACCAAAGCAUUUGCAACUUGUUCAAAGAAAUGAGAAACUCUUUUUUUGAUGUGCACAACUGACACACUGAUGUGAAGAUUGAACAGGUCGUUUUGAGAAUUUCAAUUCUGAUCUGAGAAAUGUACCAAAGCGACUGAGAAAAACUGUAGCAUUAGUAAUUGUAUUAGUGAGGCUGUAGUAGUUGUAUUAGUAUUGGUAUUAGUAUUAGUUGAGGGCUGCAACAGUUGUAUUAGUUAUUGUAUUAGUUUGGCUGAAGCAGUUGUAUUAGUAUUUGUAUUACUAUUAUUAGUAGGGCUGUAGUAUUUGUAUUAGUUGGCCUGCAGUAGUGUUAUUUGUAUUAGUAUGUUUUAUUUUGGAAUCAUUAGUGAUAGACCAAUAGGGUGGCUUUCUUUAACCGUGAUCCAUGGUUAAUGAGGUAGGCUAAUUGAAGCCUCGUCAUCACUAAUUCCACCUGUUGACCACCACAAGCCUGUGAGUUGGCCAAUGACGGCAUCGCCCCCUGGGACAUGACGUCUCCCUGAUGAAAGGGAUCGCCGUCUUGGACACUAAAAGUAUUCCGAUAAAACCAGCGAACCGCUUCAGACACGGACACGGAUUGCGCGCCUUUGGAGAGAAACCCGGACACCGAGACCCCAAGACCAGAGACCCCGAGAGACCCAAGACCCAGAGGGACAGAGACCCGAGACCCCACGACACCAACGAGACCCAAAGACCCCGAGAGACCGAGACCCAAGACCCCAAGACCCCGAGAGACCAGAGCUGAGGACCAGCAGCGGAUACUAAAGGAACCGCGAUGCUGCACACCACCGGUCCGUCGCUGCUGCUGCUGCUCGCGCUGUGUGCGGGGGGGUGGUCCCAGGGGGCGUGGUCCCGCACCGUGGAUCUGCCCCCCUCCUCCAUAAGGCAGAGCCGGCACGCAGACGGCCUGUUCACCAGCGGCUACAGCAAGCUGCUGGGCCAGAUGUCAGCUCGCAGGUACCUGGAGACCCUGAUGGGCAAGCGGCUCAGUGAUGAGGGUUUUGUGGGCGAGGCGGCCAAGCGCCACACUGACGCCAUCUUUACUGACAACUACAGCCGCUUCAGGAAGCAGAUGGCUGUGAAGAAGUACCUGACUGCCGUCCUCACAGGGAAGAGGAGUCUGGAAGACUCAACGGCCUUCCAAGAAAACUUUGAGGACAUGGAUCACCUGAUCAACCGCUAUCAGCUGCCCCUCUGAGGUCUCCAUCCCAGAAGAACACAUCUCCCUCUCUAUCUAUAUAAAUCUAUAUCCCCCUCUCUAUCUAUAUCGAUCUCUAUCUCUCUCUCUGUCCAUAUAGAUAUAUAUCUCUCUCUCUCUGUCUGUAUAUGUAUUGUAUAUGUAAUGUUUGUGUUUUCAGUCAACAAACAUGUUUACAUUGUAUAUAAAUUGGACCAUAGGAAGGUGUUGAGCGCUCAUCACGCAAAUAUUAUAUUUGAUUAUAAUAUUCGAAUAUAAAUGGUACAUCUGAUCUAUGAAUACUCAUGAGGGCACCUUACAUCAGACUUCCAACUCUCUGGACGUCACCCUGAUAUACAUUUAGUGUAUAAUAUAUAUUUAAUAUGCUCAACAUGCUAAUACUUACCUUUCAUAUCAAUAUAUAUAAUAAUAUAUAUAUAUAUCAAUAUGAUGGAUAAUAUUAGUUAAAAAGUGAUAAGAAUGCAGAUGAAGCCCCUUUGUUGUUCACUGAAUAAAAGAUGUUGGUUUAUUUUUCAAA